CCUGUGCCUGAAGUUUGCCCCUCCCUCUAGCCAGCGAAGUGUGCUGGAGCAGUUUGUAAUUCCUCCGCUUAGCAAGUGCUUGCAGCUGUCUGGUGCCUGUCUCAUACCAACACUGAAUAGAGCAUGGGCAAAACCGUGAGAACAACCCCGCAGAGCAAACUUUGAAAAGGCGAAGCCCGGGACUGCAAGAGACGCAUGCAAUCAAAUACCCAGCUCGCGAUCGCAGGAAUUUAAAUUAAAAAAAAAAAAAAAAACAUAGAUAAGGAAUGUGGGACUCUAAAGCCAGUCAAUGUCGACACAGCUGCCCUUUGCAGACACCAUGACAACAGACUUAAACUUUACUUCACUUCUGAAUGUUUCUGAAAUACAGAACCACACCAGGGGAUGUUCACUUACAAAAACUGGUUUCCAGUUUUAUUACCUGCCGACUGUUUACAUAAUUGUGUUCAUUACUGGAUUAAUAGGAAACAGUCUGGCGAUUUGGAUGUUCGUGUUUCACAUGCGGCCGUGGAGCAGCAUCUCCGUGUACAUGUUCAACUUGGCGCUCGCCGAUUUCUGCUAUGUUCUCUCUCUCCCUUUUCUGAUUUUUUACUAUUUCAACAAAACGGACUGGAUAUUCGGGGAUGUACUGUGCAGGCUGCAGCGCUUUAUUUUCCACGUGAACCUAUAUGGAAGCAUACUAUUCCUGACUUGUAUCAGCGUGCACAGGUACACGGGAGUGGUGCAUCCGCUCAAAUCUCUGGGCCGGCUAAAGAAAAAGAAUGCUAUCUACACCAGCGCGCUGGUGUGGAUCGCCGUGGUGGUUGGAAUCUCUCCGAUCCUGUACUAUUCCCGAACCGGGUUCAAGAACAAUGGAACUACCUGCUAUGACACCACUACAGGGGACGAGCUGCAAGGGUAUUUUAUAUACAGCAUGUGCACCACGGUGUUCGGGUUCUGUAUCCCUUUCAUUAUCAUCCUUGGCUGCUAUGGAUUGAUAGUGAAAGCACUGAUAUGCAAUGACAUGAGUAACGCACCUCUAAGGAGGAAAUCUAUUCACCUGGUAAUAAUAGUAUUGGCUGUUUUCGCCGUUUCGUAUUUACCUUUCCACGUAAUGAAGAAUCUAAAUAUGCGAGCCAGGCUGUACUUUCAGGGUCCGGACAUGUGCGACUUUAAUAACAGGGUGUACGCCACCUAUCAGGUGACCCGGGGACUGGCAAGUCUCAACAGCUGCGUGGACCCCAUUCUCUACUUUUUAGCUGGGGAUACGUUUAGGCGAAAGCUAUCCAGAGCCACUAAAAAGACCCCUAGGAAAGGGGAAGACGUCCUCCGCUCCAAAAGUGAAGAAACUGCGCUCAACAAUUUACCGGAAUACAGAGAAAAUGGGGACAGAAGUCUCUGAAUAUGGCCAUUUCCACCAUUCAGUUUUUUUUUUUUUGUCUUAAAAAAAAAAAAAAAAAAA